UGAUGUAACAGGCUCUCUGCAAUUUUCAUUCAGAUGUGGUUGGCUGCAAGCUGACAGAGAGGCUCAGCUACGCCUCCAACUCCGAUGAGGUAAUCCCAGCUCCCUUUUUGGGCUACUCCAGCACAAUCUGUGCUUUUCCAGCUUUCAGGUCAGCUUUUGAUUCCCUUCCUGAAAUUCACCGGACACAGGAUUUUUUUCCCUUCACCCCAAUCCCCUCCUGCUUCCUAUUCCCAGACUUCCCUCUCCUGUCUCUUUAAUGGACACUCCACUAUGUUUUUUUGGGAGGGGAAAGGAGGAGCAAACAUAGGAAGAAAUCUACUGCAAUGGAUCUCACGAUUUACUCUGGCCUCUGGGUCCGAUCUGAAUGGGAUUUGCAAGAUUGGAGCGAGAACGUGCAGCGCUGCCAGACCAUACAGUCCUAACUAGCAGUGGGAUAGGAGUAAGUCCGGAACACCACCAGCAGCCCCCUGCGAGCAGUAAUACCCUCCUGUCUGUGCGCUCGUUUGCUAGCUGUUGGCUGUUUAAACGCUUCUCUUCGGAGAUGCCUCAUCUCAGGAAAAGAUGGAGUGGCACUCUUCGGUUCUCACCAGCCACCGGGGAAUGUUGCUCUUGAGGGCAACUGAUCCAGGAAAAGAGAGCAAUCACCUCCGGUAUAAAACGCCGGGAAGAGCGCAGACGUUGCCUUCACGAUUUUCCGCCUCGUUGCCGCUCUGUGUUCAGCACCCGGACAGCUCUCUGCGCGCAAUUCUCCUUAAGGGAGACCGAGAGCAUACUUCUGCGGGACGGAUGGAGGUUUCAGCACCACGGAUAGCUCCCGCUGCAUGGCUCCGGGGGUUAAACUAAAUGGUUUGAUGAUCCUCCGGUUUGCUUCCUUAUAGGCAGCUCAGCUGGGCAUUUAUUUCGAAGUCUGUAUCUGUCAUCCAAGCCUUUUCUUUCUUUCCCCAUUCCACUAAUAAACCUUAAGAGUACUGUAGUUUUGUUUGCCAUAGAUCACUGGACAAGCUGAUGUUUUGAAGGGUAAACCUCAGCACCUAGCUUGCAUCCCAACUGCAACACUUUGGGAACUGGGUAGGAAAAAAACAAGGAAGUUCUAGUUGACUUAAUAGUUCCGUGGGAGUUUUCCCCCCUUCCCCCAGCUGAAUAUGUGUGCCAAGUAUGUUUGUUCUAGCCUAGAAAUGUGGUGCUAAAUCUUCGCUUUAAGGUCCCUCCACUUAUUUCUGAACUCUGUUCUCCCAUGUUAUGUACCACAUGUUGAAGUUCAUUUGGAAUAUAUGCAUCCUGGCAGGAAGUAUAGCCUGGAUCCCUCCACCCGUUCAUUCUCUAAUUCUUUCUUCGUCUCCACUCUCUUUUCUCUUUGUUCUGGGAGAUUGAGAACAAGGGUUGAUUUCUAAAGCAAACAAGCUCUGGAGUGUUGUUUGUUGGGAUUUCCAAGCAUGCGAUGCGACUCCAUAACUGGCCUGGAACAUGCUGCACAAAGAAUGCCAGAUCCACCAGCUGCAGUCUUAAAAAAGACUUGAAUGUUCUUCUGGAAGGUGGCCAGGAAGCAACUUCUUUACUUAGAAACUUUGAAAUUAAAGUGCAAGGGAAGCCCUUCUCCAGACAUCCCUACCACAUCGGACUCUUCUUAUGUUUUUUGAUUCUCCUAUCUAGCUAAAGGAGAGAGAGAGAGAGAGAUCUUUCCCUUUGGGCAUUGUCACAUCUGGCAGGGAUUUAAGGGCUUUAAUCCAGCCAUCACUGCAAUCCACAAUGGCAAAUGAACCGGUGAUUUUGAAUGUUUAUGACAUGUAUUGGAUAAAUGAAUACACCUCCACACUGGGUAUUGGAGUCUUCCAUUCUGGAAUAGAGAUUUAUGGCAGAGAGUUUGCCUAUGGAGGGCAUCCCUACCCCUUCAGUGGGAUUUUUGAAAUCACACCAGGCAGUGCCGUUGAACUUGGAGAGACUUUUAAAUUCAAAGAAUCCAUUGCCUUGGGCACCACGGACUUCACAGAAGAAGAUGUGGACAAAAUCAUGGAGGAACUGGGCAAGGAGUAUAAAGGCAAUGCCUACCACCUCAUGCACAAGAACUGCAACCACUUCUCAGAUGCUCUGGCUGAGAUCUUGUGUGGGAAGGAGAUCCCACGUUGGGUGAAUCGCCUGGCCUACUUUAGCUCCUGUAUUCCCUUCCUGCAGAGCUGUCUCCCCAAGGAAUGGCUGACCCCAGCUGCCCUCCAGAGCCACAUCAGCCUCGGCCUCCAUAAGGAAGAGCAGGGUGACACAACGGACAAUGAAUCCCCAUCCACUUCUGCAGCUGCUUCUGCUUCAGGCCCUUCGCGAACCUGCAGACAUACAAGGGUCUGAACUGUGCCCGUCUGAGCUGCUCUGAAACCUCGCUUCCCCUCUUGCCCCAUUUGUGGCUCACCAGCCCUUUCUCAUAGACUUUAUUUUGGUCCCAAGGACACUCAGAGGGCAAUUCUCCAAAGAACACUGGCCUUUGUCCUUUCAAGAGGGAGAUGAAAACCUUGCCUAUUUUUCUGAGUCAUUCUACCACUAUUCGGAAAACUGAUUCAUUCCUCUUGACUUUCUCCAAAGAGUCCUGGAGUAUAUUCAUGAGGCCGCCGUGUCCUCCUUGGUCCAAAACAAAAUAAAGACAUUGGAAUCUCUGGGACCCGAAGGGAAGCCAUACUGAGAGAAGUUCCACCUUGUUGGGGACUCUUUUAAUCCUCCGCUGCUGCCAUCGCCUCCUGCUGUGCACACACACAACAAAUGCCUUCUCUCCAGCCCCUCCAUGGUGGCAUCUUUCCCCACAGGGCACCUCCUUUGAGUACCAAAAUAAUGGGACUGGAAUCAGAGCUCAGUUUCCUCAUCCCGAAGACCAGCAACAAGCUCCAGUUCACACUAUCCCCCCCCCUCAUUUCUGUUGCUUUUUGUAAUCACUGGUUUCUUAAGUAACCUGAAGGAUAAAUGAAAGGUGCUGCCCUUCUACUUUCACAGAUUUUUUUUUGUGAACUAGUAUAUUGUAUAAGAGACUGAAUGACUCU